GGCAUCUCGUCUUGAACUUCAAUACUCAUCAUGAAUCCGAUUGCAUUCGACUCCCCAGUCACAACGGCGGCAUACCUCAGAACUCUACCAGCGAUCCGCGAGAGAUGCCGUCGCGUGCACGCCCUUGCCCAGGAGGGUAAGCUCGAAUACUUCGACUACCAUCCGGAGAAGGAGCCGGAAGUUGCGGCUUUCUGCGUAGAUAUCAUAAAGCGUGACUUUGGCACGAACUUCGCGGCUAUUCCGCCUCAUGGGAGGUGGAGACACCUCGAUGCCGGACGUUCGCGUGUAGAUCCGCUCAUCAACAAGUGGCGAAACUCCCUCAAUCCUCCUGACGUGAAGGAGACCACGCGGCGACUUAUCGAUCUCUUCCUCGUCUCCGUUUUGCUCGAUGCAGGCGCGGGUAACUCGUGGUCAUUCAAGGAGGAAUCUUCGGGUUUGAGCUUCUCGCGAUCCGAAGGGCUUGGGGUCGCCAGUAUCGCCAUGUUUGAGCAGGGUCUCUUCUCCGGGGAUGCCGCGAAUCCUUAUCAGGUCGACGCCGAUGGUCUUUCCAAGGUCACUGCGUCCAAAGUGGCAAACGCCAUGCAAGUAUCGGCUAGCAACCCUUUGGUCGGACUCGAGGGUCGGACUUCGCUCCUGGUGAAUCUGAGCAAGGCUCUUCGCGCGAGUGUCACCUACUUCGGAGAUGCCGGUCGGCCUGGCCAUAUUGUUGACUUCCUUGAGUCGGAAUCUGUCGCAGAGGGCGGUGUUCGACGGGUGCACAUAUCCGCGCUCUGGACCGCUCUUAUCGAGGGUCUUGCUCCUAUAUGGCCCGCAACACGGACGACGCUAGGCGGUAUCCCGCUUGGUGACGUUUGGCCGUGCGAAGCGCUCAAGAAGCAGAGCGCGACCGCUGGCACGUACAAAGAGGGAGAUGAACUUGUCCCUUUCCAUAAGCUGACAGGAUGGAUCACAUACAGUCUCGUUGAACCACUUGAGAAGGUGCUGGGUUGGAAGUUCGAAGGCAUCGAGCAUAUGACUGGUCUGCCUGAGUACAGAAACGGUGGUCUCCUCGUGGAUCUCGGAGUACUCUCUCUACGGCCCGGCGUACUGGAUGCCUCGUUGUACCCAGACCCCAGCUCAAGCAUACCGAAGCUGCCUCCUUCCCACCCCGCCAUCAUCGAGUGGAGAGCGAUGACGGUCAUCGAGCUGGACCGUGUCGCUGACGAAAUACGGAGGCAGCUGGACUUGUCAGCGGAGCAGCUCACUCUCGCUCAGGUUCUGGAGAGCGCGACGUGGAAAGGAGGGCGUGAGAUUGCAAAGCAGAGACGUCCUGCAAUGGGUGGACCACCUAUUGAAAUAGAAAGUGAUGGCACAGUGUUCUGAGAUUGUGCAGGGAUAGCAUGUCAAUUGUGUUCUGUGAGAAAUGCAACGAGAUUUC